AUGGUGAGCUCCAACACCCCCCAAAACAUCCCGCUAGCUGUCCGGGGCGAGACGCCCAAAACCCCGUCCUGCGUGGUCUGCAACAGGCGCAAAGUCCGAUGUGAUCGUCAGGACCCUUGCUCCGCGUGCGCCAAGAAUGGAAUUGAAUGCGUCUACCGGGCACAUGCGCCUCCACGACGGCGGAAGAGGCGUCCCUCUGACGAGGCCCAUCGUCCGGACAGUCCACGGCGCCCCCGACGUUCCAGACAAACCACGGGCUCGUCUGGCCCUGGGGGUGAUACCCGCGGACUGCUCUCGCCAAUGGCUACGUCUAACACUUCUCUUGCGUCUAAUCGGAACGAUCAGGGUAUGUUGAUUGCAGAAGGGGGGAAGUCGGUCUAUGUUGAUGGGAAUAUGUGGUCGAGUAUCCGCACUGAGCUGCCCUCCGCGGAGGACGUGCUACGCGAUGCGUCCGUCUACAGUGAUUCGGACCAAUCGCUAGAGGGAACAGGCGAUGAUUCCUCUCUCAUUCUAGGUGCACGCACAAAGACGCAGAUCACGGACUUACAUCCCGCGCCGUUGCAUAUCUUCAAGCUCUGGCAGGUCUUUCUGGAGAACGUGCACCCCUUGAUCAAGAUCCUGCAUGGGCCCACAGUUCAGCAGCAGAUCAUCGAUGCCACCGGGGAUUUGCGCGCCAUGCCCAAAGGGCUCGAGGCGCUUAUGUUCUGUAUAUACUGUAUUGCGCUGAUCUCGAUGACCGCGCCUGACGUUCAGAAGGCUUUCGGAGACAGCAAGGUCGCCCUCCUGUCUCGCUUCCGUCGUGGUGCUCGGCUUGCUUUGGCGAAUGCUGGCAUUCUGCGGACGUCGGAUGUUGUGGUUCUUCAGGCCUUUCUGUUGUAUUUGCUUUCGAUGCGAGCAUUCUCUGAUCCACAGUCCAUCUGGUCUCUAUGCGGUGUUGCUAUCCGUGUGGCACAGCGUAUUGGACUCCACCGAGAUGGAUCCCACCAUGGCCUUUCUGUCUUCGAGACCGAGAUGCGUCGACGCCUCUGGCUUCAGCUAAAUAUAUUAGACGCUACCACGGCACAGCUCACAGGCAUUGCUGCCCAGACAUCCCUGAUGGCUGCCGAUGUGCAGCGUCCGGCCAAUGUGAACGACUGCGAUCUAGACCCGCGGAUGACGGAAAGGCCUCGUGAGCAUAGGGGAGCGACCGAAAUGAUCUUCUGCCUGGCCCGCUGUGAAUUUGGCGAGUGGCUUAAUCGAUGGUCCGGAAAGCCAGGCCCCUUACUAGCAGGCCAAAGCUUCUUGAGCGAUUCUGCCACCUCACUAGCUGAGAAGGAUCGGGCGAUUGAUGAGCUUGGCCAGAUCUACGAGACGAAAUACUUGAAAUACUGUGACACCUCGAUCCCGUUGCACCAGAUGACUACCAUCGUGAUCCAUGCGAUCACAUCUCUGCUCCGGUUUUCUGCACAUCACCCUCGCCAACACGCUGAACGGGGAAGCCAUAACUCACAGUCUGAUCGAGACCGGAUCUUCGCAAAUUGCGUACGCAUGGCAGAAAACUGUGAUCUCGUGCAGACGAGCCAUAUCACCCAGCGGUAUAAUUGGCAUGUGGAGAAUCAUAUUCCCUGGACACCACUGAUACACAUGCUCUAUGAGUUACGGAAUCGCGUUGAUAGGGAGGUGUCGGACAGGGCGUGGUUCCUCAUCGAUCGGAUCUGCAGUCGACAUUUCCGCGAUUUGAAGGGGCGACAACAGAGGAUAGCGUUCAAUGUGGCUUUGCAGAACUUGAUCCUAAAGUCUUGGAAGGCACAUGCAGCGGAGCGGGCUCGUUGCAACAGGCCUCCUCUUCCAUGCCCUGCUAUUGUGUCUACAAUCUGCGACAUGCAGGGCAAGCAGCAAUUGGCCGCUGACGACAUCAGUGCGGAAAUCUCCUACGAAGAAGCUCCGAUAGGCAUUGGCAGCCGAAAUCAAGAUCAGCUCGUCGGGGAAGCCUUUCCUAAUGAACAGGGACUCGAGACGCUUGAUCUGGACCAGGCCAGCAAUUUCAGCUCCAUGGAUUGGACGCAGUGGGAUCAGUUGCUUGAGGAUUUCCAGCACCAGUACACGAAAGAUGGCGAACCCCACUGCAACGUAUAUGAAUAA